UUUUCAAAUCCUCCCUGGGUGUUUAGAUGCAGGAGUGAAAGCUCCCUCUGGAGCAGUAGUCAGUGUCCUUGAAGCCGUCAGUGAGGAUUUCUCUGGACAUCGCAAGGCUCACAGAGACGGGCAUGUGGAAUCUUGGGCUAGGUGCAAAAAGAGCUGCAUAGGAAAAGGGUGCAAGGCCAUUUACAAGGAUUGACCCAAGGACCAUUUCAUCCUGCAAGAAUCAGUUAGCAAGAUCUGCAUAGACUUCUUCUUAAAAGGGAACAUGUCUGAAAUUGACUAUGAGAAGUUAGCUGAAAUAGAAUUGCAGAAAGAUGAAGCAGAAGAUGCACAAUCUGACCAGGAAAAAACACUUAUUCCACCACCACUUGAGGAUCCUGAGCUAAAUACUAAUCACCCCUACUAUGAUGUUGCGAGACAUGGCAUCAUUCAAUUAGCAGGUGAUGACAAUUCUGGAAGGAAGGUGAUUACUUUCAGUUGCUGCCGUAUGCCUCCCUCCCAUCAACUCAAUCACACCAGAUUGCUGGAGUAUUUAAAGUAUACUCUGGACCAGUAUGUGGAGAACGAUUAUACGAUUGUCUACUUUCACUAUGGCCUGAAGAGUCGGAAUAAACCAUCUCUGAAGUGGUUGCAAACUGCCUACAAAGAAUUUGACAGGAAGUAUAAAAAAAACCUUAAAGCACUGUAUGUUGUACAUCCAACCAACUUCAUAAAAAUUCUGUGGAAUAUUUUUAAGCCUCUUAUAAGCCAUAAGUUUGGGAAAAAAGUCACCUACUUGAACUAUUUAAGUGAACUGAGAGAGCAUCUGAAAUAUGACCAGCUUAAUAUCCCUCAAGAAGUCAUCCGACAUGAUGAAAAUCUUCAGGGGAAACAGAAGGGAAAACUGCCACCUGUGGUGAAGAUUCCUCCACCAAGACCACCUCUACCUACCCAGCAAUUUGGGGUCAGCCUGCAAUAUAUCAAGGACAAAAAUAAAGGCGAACUAAUCCCACCAGUGCUGAAGCAAACUGUGUCCUACCUAAAAAGAAAAGGACUACGAGUAGAGGGCCUCUUCAGAAGGUCAGCCAGCAUCCAAACUAUCAAAGAUGUUCAGAAACUCUACAAUCAGGGUAAGCUGUCAUCAUGCCAUUGCUACAGAUUGGGAACAGUGUGAGGGCUCUGUUGAUCUUUUAUCUAUAGAGAACUACCUGAGCCAUUACUAACUUUUGAGUGUUACGAUCAUAUCCUUGGAAUCACCAGUGUGGAAAGCAGUUUGCGAGUAACCAGAUGUAAACAAAUCAUUCAAGGACUUCCUGAGCACAAUUACGUUGUUCUGAAAUAUCUGAUAUGCUUUCUCCAUAUGGUUUCACAGGAGAGCAUAUAUAACAGAAUGACAGGAUCCAACCUAGCCUGUGUCUUUGGCUUGAAUUUGAUCUGGCCAUCUAAAGGAACAGCCUCUCUAAGUGCUUUGGUACCUCUGAAUCUCUUCACUGAACUACUAAUAGAUUUCUACUCAAAUGUAUUCAACUCCCGAACAGUGCCUGGUGAGAUCUUACCUUAGCACUCCUAGAAAAGGAAAUGGAGUAUGGCUGCCUGGAGGAAGAGUCUCCCUCCAUGCCUGAACUUAUGUGAGCUUUAUAUUCCGGGCUCUCUUUCGCAAAGAACACUUUCAGUACACAGUAAAGUUUCUAUAACUUUCCAAAUACCAAAGAUGUUGGGAGAAGCGUGCUUCCCCAUAUACUUUCUUCACUUGGGAGAAUACGUAUAGGAAUGUUCCGAGACCAAUAGCUAAAAAUAUCCAUGCUGCUGAGUGCCACUCUGUCCUUUCUUUAGGGAUCUGAAGACCUCACUACAUGUCAUUAUUUUCUGAGGCUACGCAGAGCUAAGUUCUGCACCACUCCUGAUUGUACAGCUUUUUUUUUUCUUACUUAUUUGGUAACGGUUUGUUACAAGUUUAUCUAAUAAGUGAAUAAAGACGGAAUCAGUUUUUAAGAUACUCAAAUUUCUAGAACUAUUUUUCAAUACAUUUAAGUGCCUUGCUUUACACAAGACAUUGUGCGUAGCUGUGACACAUCAGGUUUGCAACUGCUAUGGAGAAUGACGUAUUUCUUGGAUAAUUUAAGCUAUGCAGACAGCUAGCUAAUUAUGCUUGCAAAUAUCUAAUCUGCCCAGUUAAUCCAUGUAGCUGCACAUGCAACGUGUAAGGAAGAUUUUUUUAUAAGUUCAAAUGGGAAGCAAUAAUCAUAUGUUUUUUUCCUUAAAUACUUGGACAUUUGUUUAUAUCAGUGCAUUUUGUUUAUAUCAGUGACUGUGUAAUUCAGAAUAUAGAACAACUUUGUUUGAGAAGAGCAUUCCUUAUGUUUGAACUGCAUGCUGCAAUUUGACUUGAUAGAAAUCUGCCCUUCAAAUCAGUUUCUCCAAAGUGCAGUAACAGCAAAAACUUGGAUAUUAUACCUAAUGCCACUUUUAUACAUUUAAAAUCCCAGUUUGGAUAAUUAGCCAAAAUAACAAGGGAAAUAUCAGUGUUUUCUUUCUAACUAUGCCGCUAAUAUUGCUUGUAUUUGAUGAACCAUUUACUGCACUGCUCUUUCAUUGUUUAAUACUGUUAAUGAAGUGCUGUACCGGGGUUGUCAUUACGGUUGCUUGCAAGGCAAAAGAGAGCGAACCAGUGGUGGCAAAGGUAAGCUCCCUAACGGUCUCUCGCCUUCCUGCUUCUGUAGAAAACUACUGAAAGAGAGGGACCAUUCAGGCUUUAAAAAUCUGGAGGUUUCUUUUUUUUUUUUAAACUGGAGAUUUAGCCAUCCCCUC